CAUUUUCCAAAGAGAGAAGUCAAAGGGAGAUGUACAGCAAUGGGGUCAUUUAAGAAUUCGGUUUUCAUCUUGGUCCUUCACCUUCUGGAAGGGGUCCUGAGUGCUUCACUCAUUCAGCUGAAUAAUAAUGGCUAUGAAGGCGUUGUCAUUGCAGUUGACCCUAAUGUGCCAGAAGAUGAAACACUCAUUCAACAAAUAAAGGAUAUGGUGACGGAGGCAUCUCCAUAUCUGUUUGAAGCUACAGAAAAAAGAUUCUAUUUCAAAAAUGUUGCCAUUUUGAUUCCUCAAAAUUGGAACACAAAACCUGAAUAUGUGAAACCCAAACUUGAGACCUACAAAAAUGCUGAUGUUCUGGUUGCUGAACCUAAUCCAACAGGUAACGAUGGACCCUAUACUGAGCAUAUGGGAGGCUGUGGAGAAAAGGGUAAUAAAAUUUAUCUGACUCCUGGGUUCCUAGCAGGAAAAAAGUUACUUCAAUAUGGAUCACAAGGAAGGGUAUUUGUCCAUGAAUGGGCUCAUCUACGAUGGGGAGUAUUUAAUGAGUAUGAUAAUGACCAGAAAUUCUACUUAUCCAAAAAAAGAAAAAAACCAGUAACAUGUCCAUCAACUAUUACUGGUAAAAAUGUACUACAGAAGUGUCAAGGACGAAGCUGUGUCACCCAAUCAUGCAAAUCCGACAGAGUAACAGGACUGUACGAAAAAGGAUGUGAGUUCAUACCUGAUGAAGUUCAGACUGAGAAGGCUUCCAUAAUGUAUUCACAAAGUAUUCGUUCU